AUGUCGCAAAUCUUUGGAGAUGUGGCCGAUGUGGCCUUGGCGAUGCAGGCACUCGAAGAGUCCUUGCAGUCCGAGGAGAUCCGGAAUCUGCCCUGGCCUUCAUCCAGGGCCUCUAUCCCCACACCCAUGCGACAGGUUCUCACGGCCUUGGAAGCAGGCAUGAACGCUGUGAGCAGAGACGAAGAGUCGGUGGUGUCAAUGCUGCAGCAUUUGCGCCAGCACUUGGAACAUCCGAAUGCUUCUGACCUGCUGCUGAACCUUUUGUCCAGCACCUUCUUGCUUGUUGGUGGCAAAGUGGAAGAGUUACUGGGUGCAAAGACACCUUUGACGUUGAAACGCUGGAUCUUGCAGGCCUUGGUACGUGAGAUCGACCUUUUGUGGGCAAAUUUUGGUCAACUGCUUUUGCAGAGACUGAAGACUUUCUUGAAAGGCUUCCGCUGGCUUGACAAGGAUGAGAGUGGUGCAUUUGGGCAGAUAGAGUUUGUCCGUGCCUACAUGGAGCUUUGCAUGCAGGCCAGAGAUGCAGAGUCUGCAGAGGGCUUCAAGAAUGCCUACGAAAAUCAACGUGCUGAUGCUGGCUUUCUUUUCAAGCUGCUGGCAGGGUCAUCGGUAAAGAGUGUGGAGGAAACCGAUGAAGUUGGGAUCUCGCUCUACAACCUUGUGAUGCGCAUCGUUGGUGUUCAACAUCAGGAGCUGACAACAUUCCGACGACAGGUCUUUUCACACUACCCGAACGUCGAGGCAUGCUUUGCAGCGCAUGCGCAGAAAGAUGCGUCUUCCACGGAGCUCAAUGAGCAACAGUUUCUGCAAUUGGGUGCCUGGUUGCGGCAGUUUGAUGAGAGAUUCAGACAGCGCUUGGCUCUGCAAAGCUUCGCUGAAGAUGAGGUGGCCGAAAUUGCCGGAAAGCAAAUUCGAGUGAGUGCUGAAGCUUGCACCGCAAUGUACCGCACAUGUCGAAAUUCGAAGAGCGAUUUGAAAAACAUGCUUCAAUUCGAAUCUUUUUGGAUUUUGGCCAUGCUCGGAUCUGAGGAACUGGAGAAGAAGUUUCUCCGCUUCUUCAAAGGUCUGGACAUCAAUUGUUCUGGGGCACUCUCCGUUACCGAAGUCAAGCAGGCUUUUGCUGAGGUUGCGCCCGCACUCCCAAGCAGUUGUGUGCGACGGCGAAUUUUGCUUGCUCAUGGCUCUUUGCACGGGCUCAUGAACGAAGUGAAGAGGUCUGCUGACGAUUCGGACAGUGAAGUUGAGGUCGCAACAGGAGCUGCGGGACGCGUGCAGGCAGAAAAGAUUUCAGAGCUGCUGGAGCUUCCAACGGUUGAAAUCUGCAACUUCUUGAAUGCAAUUGAGAUCCAGGAAUCUGCUGGAAAGAGGAAGGUGAAGUUGCCCAAAGAUGGUACAGACUACACCUUAGAAGAACUUGCUAUCAGUGUUUUCCUUAGCAAACCACUGGACAAAGACCUCGAAAAACUAGUCUCGGCUGUGCAGAAGGGCGACCGGUUCAAAGCUUUGUCCUUCGAGGACUUCCGGAGAUACGUUUUUCGUGCGUCUGAUCACGACAGUGAACCCUUCCUUUCCAAAGAUGGCAAGUCUGCAAAACCUAAACCUGCCAAGCCCUCCGAGUCGAAAGGGGCAAGCGUGAAGUCAGUGAGUACUUCAAAGCCUCUAUGGUCAUUGGACUCUGGAUUGUUUCUGGUAAGAUCAUCUGCUGACCAACUACGUGUGGCGUACGAUGCCCUUGAGCGAGUGCAUGGCAACGUUACCGUGAAUGCUUUGCUGAUCUCUUUCACAAACAUCUCAGACAUUAUGGCCGUUGACCAAAAAAGAUACAAUGGUGGUGACCGCAUUAUGUGCCGCGUUCGACUCGGAGCGGACAUGAACCCUCUUUGCGGAAAGCAUCCAGUGGUUGCUGUCGUGCCAUCUCGUAUGAUAUGGACUGAGGAAGGCAAGGGCCACUGGCUGAUAGACGGUCAAAAGAUAAAGAGCUUUGCCCAAAUUGGAAGUUUGCCACAUUUCCUCCCACCAGGCAGCGCUGGUGUAAGGGAAUGCACUGUAUGGCUCACUGCACCAUGGCCGACGGAGCAUCGAGCUUUCGACGUGAGAGUCUUUGCCUCUGACGCUGGACGAGUUCCGCUGAGACAGGUAGGUGGCCAAGUUAGCUUCUCUGUCCAUAUGCCAUCCCCGGCAGCGCCAAAGUUGGAACAAUUUGGCCUAGAGCCCCGAGCGAAUAGCUGCUCUGCUCUCCUCCAUUGGGUAGCUCCAGUGGAAGAGAAGUACUGUCCCCCGAUUGUCAAGCACAUUUUGCAUGUUGAGCCUAUGCUUCCACCCACUCAGCAGGUGGUGAGCAGUGGAGACCAGGCCAUCAAGGAUUUGGAGGUGUGGAAUCAGGAUUUGAGGGACUUGGAGAAGCGCAAGAGCAUCAAAGUCAACGACCUUCAACGUGGUGUGCCAUAUCGCUUUGCAGUGCAGUGUGUGCACCAGGUGGAAUCGAAAGAACAAGAAGUCCUCGGAGCUGUCAGCGACUUCUCGGAGACGAUUACGAUGCCAAUCUAUCCGGUGCCACCACAGCCAGGCACACCUGAAGUGCGAGCUUGGCAACAGACAGGCAAACUUGAAGUCUUAGAGAUACUUGUGCCUGUUCAAGAUUCUGAUCUCGUGGACAGGUUUUUUUGCUACGACAUCGAAUACAGACCAAAGGGCAAGAGUGAAUGGACAAGGAUUCCAGACAGCCAAAUGCACAUGAACCAUGAUCCGAAGUGGGACGAGCCCUUGGACAGCUACUGCUUCUCAUGUUUGCUCAUCGGCCCAAAGCCUGUGAUUGAAGAACGUGAUGCUUUGGAGUUUCGAGCACGAUCAGUGAACAAUGCGGGGCCUUCAAGAUGGAGCCCUCCGUCUCCAAGCAUCCAUCUGGGAAGCGCGGAAGACCAGGGUGGUGGUGAUGCAGAGCAGACCGAGUUGCAACUCACAGCAUUAGAUGUGUUUUCUGCAGCAUCAGCGGUGCUUGCAGAUGUUGCAGCUGAACCAUCACCAAUUCAAACAGGUAAAGCCACUCUGUCUCGCGGACGGACACAAAUCUUGGAGAGCCCCAAACCAUCACUGGCUCAUUCGAAUUUCCCAAAAUGUCCUCGGACGCAUUGUCGCAUCCAAUGGCAAUUAGAAGAAGGUGAAGAGAUUCACUACCAGGUUGAGGCUCGCGAGGAGCGGUUGCCAUUCUAUGCGGCGUGGACUCCGUUGCCAGCGUACUAUCGCUACAACGAAGACAAGGUUGGAGAGGUCUUUGUUUCAGGUCUUGAGAGCUUUCCUGUGGCGGAACCGCUGAUCCUGCGAAUGCUCAAGGGCAGUGGGAAGCGAGGUGUUUGUGCCACCGUCCGACUUCAUGGAGUUGCUGGUCCACCUGCUCCACCGUCUCUACAACUUGCUCGGACGCUGACUGCACCCGGCAGUGAGCUCCCAGUGGCAGAGCUCAUGUGGCAUGAGAAGGAGCCCCUGAAAGAGAUGAAGACAUUGAUCGAGGCCUCUUGGGAACUCGAAAACUCCUUGAAGACAGGGUGGAGUCAACUUGCUACGGCGCAGCCUAUGCAAAUGGACGAUGGAGAAGAGGGGCUUCUCAACAUUUGCUUUGUUCAGCUUCAACUGCCGAAUGCCGACGGAGGACAAGGAACUCGUUGUUCCCUGCGGAUGCGGUAUGAAGGGCCCGAUGGACAGAAAGGGGAAGCAUCUGCUGAGACUGAUGCUGUGCAGCUGGAUGAUGCGAUCCAAACGGCAAAAGCAGCUCAAGAAAUUGUAAGGCGAACAACCAUUAAGAAAGCAAAGGCUCCGCGUCGACCGCAGCAGCUGACAAUCAUAAGUGGCAGCAAAAGCCUCUGGGAGGUUUCUUGGGAACAGAAGGGAAAAUCGGACAAAGUACCAAUCUAUGAAGCAGAAGUUUGCUUCGGCAAAGCUGGCUUGGAGGCUCCAGACGAGGAUUGGCAGCCAGUUCGCAGCUUAUACGUGCAACAGAUGGAAGAGGCUGAAGGAGAGAAUGGUGGACUACGUUCAGUAACAGCUCCUUGGAUAUCCUUGGAUUCCAGAAGUGAAUAG